AGCACUUCAUGUCUGCGCAUGUGCAGCCUCAGUAGGCCCGCGUUAGUGAGAGGCACCGUCGCUGGUCCCGGAGCGGGAGCGGAGAGCGCGGCUUCGGCCGGACAGAGGGAGAGAGAUGGCAGCGGCGGCGCAGGGCUGGAGGAGAAACAUCAGCGAGCAGCUGCGGCUCCGGGACCGGCUGCAGCGCCAGGCCUUCGAGGAGCUGAUCCAGGCGUACAAUAAACUUCUGGAGAAGUCAGACCUGCAGACCGUGCUGGCUGAGAGGUUUCAGGGGGAGAAAUAUGACCUUCACAACCGCCAAGACAUUAGUCCAGGCUCUGAUGGGGCACGGAAUGAGAUGGCGCACGAAAUCGCCCAGAUGCGAAUUCGUCACCAGGAGGAACUUACGGAACUCCACAAGAAGCGUGGUGAGCUUGCCCAAAAUGUGAUUGAACUCAAUAGCCAGUUGCAGCAGAAAGACAAAGAGAUUCAUGCAAAUGAAGCAAAGAUGAUGGACUAUGAGAAGCAAAUACAACAACUGAGUGAUGAUUGCCAGGAGCUGAGAAACAAGCUCCAGGAGCUGGAGCAAGCCAACCAGACUCUGAAGGACGAAUAUGAUGCCCUCCAGAUCACCUUCACCGCUCUUGAAGAGAAGCUGCGGAAAACCUCUGAUGAAAACCGGGAACUAAUCUCACGGUGGAUGGCCGAGAAAGCACAGGAGGCUAAUCGGUUGAAUGCCGAAAAUGAGAAGGAUACUUGGAGACGGCAGGCAAAGCUGAAAAAGGAUCUUGCAGAGGCUGCUAAAGAGCCAUUGAAUAUUGAUCCAGAUGAUGAUAUAGAGGUGCUGGGUGAAGAAGGACCUGAUGCUUCUGGAGAAACGUCACCGGUGCGAGCAACACACAGGACCUCUAGAAGGACUUCGCAGACAGCUGGUCUCUUGGAUUCUAUCAGUAAUAUCUUUGGAAAACGUUCGCCCACAUUGCAUGGGACUGUGACAGAUUGCCCCAGUGUGCGCACGGGGCCAUGCAACGAGAUGCGACUUCCCACCACAGCACUGCACGUAUUUGAUGCUCAUGAUGGAGAGGUAAAUGCAGUCCAGUUCAGUCCAGGAUCUCGAGUAGUGGUGACUGGUGGCACAGACCGGAAGGUUAAACUCUGGGAGAUCUUGUCAGGAAAGUGUGAGUUGAAGGCUUCACUCACUGGCAGCAAUGCUGGCAUUACCAGCCUUGAAUUUGACAGCACAGGAGCGUACCUGCUAGCUGCCUCCAAUGACUUUGCCAGCAGAAUCUGGACUGUCGAUGAUUCUCGGCUGCGGCACACGCUGACGGGACACAGUGGGAAAGUGCUGUCUGCAAAAUUUCUUCUGGACAAUGCCCGGGUAGUGUCAGGAAGCCACGAUCGGACACUCAAGCUGUGGGACUUGAGCCGUAAGAUCUGUACAAAGACAGUGUUUGCUGGUUCAAGCUGCAAUGAUAUUGUUUGCACUGAGCAAUGUGUUAUGAGUGGGCACUUUGACAAGAAGAUUCGUUUCUGGGACAUUAGGACAGAGAGUAUUGUGCGUGAGAUGGAACUGCAGGGUCGUAUCACAGCACUCGAUCUCAAUCCAGAACGCACAGAACUACUCACCUGUUCCAGAGAUGACUUGUUAAAGAUCAUUGACCUACGUACAAAUGUUACCAGACAAUCCUUCAGUGCACAAGGAUUCAAGUGCGGAUCAGAUUGGACAAGAGUAACAUUCAGCCCGGAUGGGAAAUUUGUUACAGCUGGGUCUUCAGAUGGAAUACUUUACGUGUGGGGUGUUGAAUCUGGGAGGAUAGAAAGAAGUCUGGGAAAGCACCACAGCUCUUCUAUAAAUGCAGUAUCCUGGUCACCAUCUGGAGAACAUGUAAUCAGUGUGGACAAAGGAAGCCGUGUGGUACUUUGGUCAGAAGCGUAACCUAAGAUGCCAGAAGAUAACCAAGAGGUGCCCUUAUACAUGUGCAACUUCCAGCCGUACGCAGGAGAUUGGCCUGUGGCACACUCCAAGCCACGGCACACGGCCUGACAAGAGUGAGACUUCUCCCACAAAUCAGUGCCACUGGGAGGGCAUUCAGACAAUGACAGUGAGCUUUUUGUACAUUCUCAAUCGUUGGUGAGAAGCACACUCUCCACCUGCUGGAGUGUAUAGUUGAGGAAUAAUAUGGAGGGUCUGUGCUGUGUACCAGCUGCUGUGAUUGACUUUGGAGUGGGAAGCCGUCCUAUUUGCUGCAGGGUAGUCACCCAAGGUGUCCAGUUGUUUACUCUGUCCACGGCUUACAUUUUCUUGCUGCCAUGUCAUGGUGGGAUUUACUGCCAUUGUGUCGGUUUUACUUCCCUUUCUACCCUAUCUCUCCAACCUGAAUAAGUGUGUUCACUUUUAUGUCCUUGGAAAGCGUGGAAGAGUAAUAGUCUAAUAGUAUGGAGUGGUUACAGCUGACAUGUCUUCAAUUAUUUAUGUUCACUGGUAAAAUAGCUUAAGUGGAGAAUAGAUGUGCUGUAAUGGUGGGGAGAAGUGGUGCUGUGUAGUUUGCUUUUCCUAGAUGGCGCUGUAAACCACUUAAGAUAGCAUUCCCCUCAAAAGAGGCAACUUAAUAUCAAUAACUGGGAGAAUAAGCAUUUCCUUUUGCAUUUAUGUUUUGCAUGCAGGCAGCAGUGGAAAGGCUGCAUUUAUUAUCCAUCCAAACUGUCCUUAACAUUGCAUGCAGCAUCCCUUGGGCUGACGAGUUAGCUGCAAGAGUCAAGCAUUAGUCAUCCCAACUAAGAGAGUAUAUGCACACAAUGGGACUGGUUAACAAGCUAUACAAUCUCCCUGUGUUUACCUUCAGAAACACACUGACAUGCCCUUCCCUUUAUCUAUUUAAUCACAUCUCUCUCUCUCUCUAUCUCUCUCAUAUAUUAACUAUUCUGACUUCCUUUCUCACUACAUUUAAUUUCACACACUCUUUUCCAUCAUUUGACAAAUUGACAAUGUUUGCACUUUGUGAUACACUGAUCAAUUUUCCUCCUUUUUCACGUUCAGUAAGUUGAUCCAUUUGUACAUGUGUACAGAGAACCAGGUUUGCACUUUGGAAUGUGCGUCUCUGGAGUCAUCAGAGUAAUCUCGAGUUUAAAUGUCUCUUCAGAAAACUGAAUGCUGAGGGCACUGCCAGAGUAACACUAACCUCGAUUGAUGAUGGAUGGUCCCAGGAUAGAUUCUCUGGCAUUUCAAGCAUCUGUUUGGUGCCUUAAAGCUUACCACACUGCUCCUGGGCUGGGGGGAGGAAAGGCCAGCUCCAGGUUUCCAGGCCUAAUCGUUGCGCUGUGAUUGAUGGGUGGAGUGGGGAGUGUUACUGAUCCCAUGGAAUGCCAGCACACACUCUCCAGACAUACGGAGUCAUAAGCUGAGCACUAAAUCUAACGGGAAGGUGCCUAACCCAGGCAAGAGUUGGCGCUUUCAGAAGAGAAGAGAAAGAAGGGCAGUUUAAUAUAAACGUGCACUAACCUUAAACACCACAUGUAACAUUGGUAUUGACCAUAUCAAAAUAUAAAUGCAAACGUGGACCAGAAACUUCAGGAGGUGUACGCACAAACCUUGUGGCUGAAACUCGGAUUGAAGUUUCUGAUGGCUUACUACCUGCCAAUCCCAGCUCUCAUUACUAACACCUAUGCCAAACUUAAAACAAAAAGCAGUAAUUUGCACUUUGAGAUGAAUGGUGGUAUCCAAUUAUUAUGGCUACAGAUCGAUGAUUACUAGUGGUCAGAGAUGAAAAGACUGUGAAGAGCAGUCGUGAGGAAGCUCGUUGGUCACUGUAGACUCCUCUACUACCAUACACAACUGCUGCAGACCAGACUGUACCCUGCACUGAUGUAGGGUUCUGAAAUCUGGGUUCAAAUCCAGUCCUCAGUGGGACGGGAGUUACUCAAAGGGGAGUGAUACUUCCAGCCCAGUUCCUGUUGCACUAAACUGAUAAGAUUAAGAACCUGAAAAAUUUUCAUUGCGGUGGACACCAUGAGAUAUCAUGCCCUAACUGGCCUGAUUGGAAAAAUAUGAAGGGAUUUUUACUCUAAUGUCUAUGGUUUCUGUUCUGGGAGUGUUUUUGAUAUUGCAGAAGAGUCUUUAUUCUGUAUCUAACCAGGAUGAAUGUAAUUUUGAAAUGACUGAUGGGUGAAUAUGGAGGGAGCUAUAACUUAGAUCUCAGCAGGGAAUGCUUACUGCAACAGUGUAAGGUCAUAACAGUCUGACUUGAGUUCAGUACACAGUUUAAAUAUUGAGUGAAUCUCCCUCCAUUUUGGUGUGUUGCAGCUUUAGUAUCAACUAUGUGCUCAUCACACUGUUAGAAGAAUGUUUGUGCUGGGUCCAAUUUACAACAAGAACUGAGACUGCGAGCUCAGUUCACAUGAGUUCGUUUUCAAAAUAAGGACUAACUUAGGAUGAAAAUUCAAUCAGUUUUGAAUUUAAACUCUAGUUAGUAAAGGCUAAUUGAUUGCAUCAUUUGGUCCCAUGUUUCUGGUUUUUCAACUCAGUUAAUCAACAUAAUUUAUAGCAAGUGAAAGCAUGUAUCAAUUACUAGAGAAAUCCAAAACUGCCAGUUUGUUUGGUGAUUUCCCAUCAGAAUGAGUUUGGUAACUUUAAAGAAGCUCUUCCUCUUGUGGGUAUCAGCCAUGUUACUCAGUUCCACAGUACUUAAUAAUGCCAUGAUAAAUGCUUAAAUCUAGUUUCAGGUCCCAUUUCUAAUCUCCUGCAAAUGUAACAUUUUGAGGAGCAACUCUGAGGUUGGCUGUUGGGGCUAGAGAGUGGUGCAGUACCAUUACCAUUCACUGGAAGACCAAGACUUCAUACUUUUCCCCUCACAGCUGCACACGAGAUGUUUAAACAUCUGGAACUUCUCCUUACUACUGAUCCACAUGGAAGAGUGUGCUGAGUUUUGUUGAGAGUGUCUGUUGCAUGUACAGCCUGCUGCCAGAGUUGGGAAGAGUGCAAACCAGUGUCUCCUGAUAUAGCUGAAUGCACAGAUCCAAAACUUUCCUUGGCUACUACAGUUUUACCAAAUGUGCUAUUCAGAAAUUGCUUGCACUGUGACUGUGGACAAAUUCAUGCUCCUGUACUGGGUUAGAGAGCAACAACAGCAGGAUCUGACCUUUGUUCUGUGUGUGUAGUUAAGUGGCAUGUUCCGAUUACCUCGUUUAUAUCGAUGCUUUAAGAGUCCUCUACACAAAGUCUUAUUUGCACUUUAUAUUUUUUUCUGAAGAACAUGGCAUUGUAACAGCCUAGUUGCCUGGCUGAGAUUCGGUUCACUUGUGUCUGAAUCCCAUGUAGUAAUCACCAACUUGCUUUGUAACUCUGCCAGUGCUGCUUCAUUACAAAUGUUUCUUUUCAAAUAAAAUAAGUUCUAAAAA